AGUCCCUCCGCCACGCCUGUUCUCUACACUUAGCUUUUCUGUUGCUCCUACCUCCAGUAAGACAUUUUGGUGGGACUGGACAGCUGGAAAAUUAAAUGUGUUGUCCUGCGUAAGAGAAAAGUUGUCAGCUGUUUGGACUAAAGUAGCACAGCCCGUCCACGCCACAUGUCGUUGAUGCCUACGUGUAGUCUCCCUAAAUGCAGGGAAAAGAAGAGGGGAGCUCCAGGUCAGAAGAGGUUGCCAUGGAUGGAUUUCGACAACAAUGCCAGUAUUGAGGAUUUACUGAAACUACUCUCAGGAUCUUUGCACUAUUGUAGAGGUGCACUCUGUGAGGUGCCAUGCAGGUUCAAGUGUUUUAAUGGGAUCAAAACUUUCAGCAGUGAGGAAGGAGUUCGUCACUCACAGAUGCAGCUUCAUCCAACAAAUGUGUGACCAUGGAUCAUGAAGAGGUGGGUCCAGACCAGAGUUCUGCACAGCCACAGGGGGAGGUCUUACCUCCAGGGACCAGUAAAGGGGAACAGCACCAUGAUCUGUUACAACAGCUGCUGGACUCUGAGGCAAAGCUUCAGUCAGCCAACCAGGAGCUGCAGACAAUACGCGUGCAGCAGGCCAGUGAGAUGGAGGAGGUUGAAAGUUAUGUUGCACACAUCCGCGGGUUACUCGAAGAGCGAGAGAGUCUGACUGCAGACUACGAGAGAGACAAUGAACAGCUGCGACUGGAGCUUCAUCACAUCCGACAGCAGCAGGAGACUGAGAGCAAGGAGCUGGCAGAGAUGCUGGCCCAGAAGGACCUCGGGGAGAUCGGCCUGAGCAGCCCCAGUGAACUGGUGGCGUAUUUGCUGGUGGAAAGGGCGACGCUGCUGGAAAGGCUGGAGGAGGCUGAGAGGAGGCUGGAAACCGAGAGCCUCACUGGGAACUUAAGGGAUGUUCACCUCCAGGAGAUGGAGCACUUACGACAGACGGUGGGGGAGAGUCUAUGGCAGCAGAAGGAGGACAUGCAGAAGACGAUGGAUAACAUGACCAAGUGUUCGACUCAGAGUUCAUGGAAGAAACUGUUCGGGCUUCGCAGAUCUGGUCAGAGCAAACACAAUAUUACUCCUGCCCACAGUGAGGAAAUUUCCCAAGAACGAAUUGAGCGUCAGCGUCUGGCGCGGGACCUGGAGGAGGCAUCGAGGAGGCUGGCCUUGGCUCAUCAGGACAUCCGUAGACUCACCAAUGAGCUGGAUGCUGCCAAAAACAACAACCUGGACCCCUGUGGAUUUGAGCUUGAGGGGACAGUCCAAGAAGUAGAAAAUCUGAAAAAAGAAGUGGACAAACUCAAACUUAGUGACAUGAUGAAGCUGCAUAAAGCCAAAGAGCAAAAUGACAGACUGGAUGGUGAAAACAGAGCCCUGAGGGAGAGAGUGCGUACUUUAGAGUUUGACAAGAAAAAUCUACUGGAACGGCUGGCAAAAAACAGUGACCACGAUGUGUCAGCCAAAGAGGAUCGACAGGACAAGGGCAUUAGCAACGAAGCACAAAAUAAUUCAUCCAACCUGUCGUCCCCAGAACAGGAACAUCUUCACAAACGGUGUCAGGCAGCACUGGAGGAUGGGCUCGUACAGGUGAGGGAGCUGCAGCGGCAACUCCAGAGACAACGCAAGGAAAAGGAGGAGCUGGAGGAGAGGAAUGAGGAGCUGGAGGCGCUGGUGGGGGAGGCUCAAAACGCCAGCAAGGAGGAGAGACAACGCCAUGAAGGAGAACUGGAAGGACUGCACCGGAGGAUGAAAAGCCUUGAAGCUGAGCUGAGGAAGCAGGACGGACAGGAAAAAGUUGUGAAGAAUGGAGAGGAGGUCAAAGCCACUGAGUCCUACUUACAGCUGCAUCUGAGAGACAGCAGCCAGGAGAGACUGGCUCUACUCGAGGCUCGUCUGACUGAGGAGAAAGACUGGAGGAAGCAGCUGGAGGUCGACCUCAGCGCCGCUCAGGCCGCACUCAAAAAGGACAAGGAGGCUCUACAGAUCGGUGAGCGAGAGCUGAAGAAACUGAGAAUGGAGGUCAACAGCCUUCAGACUGAGUGCCAACAGGGGAAAACGCUUAUCAAGAGCCUUACCCAGGUCAAGGGAGAAAAAGCAGUUCUGGAGGAAAAGGUGGCUCAGAUGGAGCGAGGCCAAAACCGGCUACAGGCGGAGCUGGAGCGCUACAAAGAAAAUGACCGAACAAAGGAAGGCCUGAGGGAAAACCACCGUCAGGUCGACCAGCUUCAGGAGCAGACUGACCGACUGACCGCUGAGCUCGGUAGCCUACAGACAGCGCAUGACACUCUGAGGGAUGAGAUGGUUUCUGAGCGGCGUCAGACGGCCGAGCUCCAGGCCAAGCUGAGCUCCACCGUCCAGGAGAAGCUGGUCGCCGAAGGGGAGAGGGAGAGACUGGAGCUGGAGGUGCAGCACAUCAGGGAGCAACUCAAACUGCAGAAAGAGCAGCUCGAAUCUGCAAAGGAAGCACUUUCUAACAGCCAGAAGCACGAACGGCACACGGGUCAAACGGAGGCGAGGCGUAGUCCAGUGAAGGAGACCAGCGAUGUAGGCUUGGAUCAGGUUUUAAGCAUGAAGCAGGAAGUGGAUCAUCUGCAGUCCAUAUUAGAGGAGCAGCGUCACGUGGCCUCUCAGCACCAGCUGGCUCUGCAAGUCCAGGUCAACGAAGCCCAGGCUCACAUCAAGUCCCAGGACUCGGUUCUGAGCCAAAGGGCAGAAGAGGCUAAACAGAUGAAGCAGGAUCUGCAGAGAGCCCAGAGCCUGUUCACCUCAGCAGAGAGAGAGCUACGCUACGAGAAGGAGAGGAACAUGGACCUGAAGAGACACAACACCCUGCUGGAGCAAGAAAAACUCAAGCUUUGUGCCGAGCUGAAGCAGGUCCAGACCAAGUUGGUCAACGUGGAGCAGAGCGUCCAGACUCUGGCCUCAGAGUGUGAACGUCAGCAGCAGAGGAUCAGAGAACUGGAGCUCGAACUGGCACGAAACUCCUCCAACCGCAGCACCAACACCAGUCUACAAGAGGAUCUGCAGGCCGAGAGGGCGCGGCUCAUCGCUGCCGACAAGAAGGUGUUGGAGCUGCAGCAGCAGCUGAAGAAUGCCCAACACCAGCUGAGGGUGGAGGAGGCCCGGGCCGGGGAGAGCAGCCGCCUGGAGAGGGACAGCAGGGAUCUGUCUGACACUCUGUCAGCGCUACGAGCACAGCAGCAGGAGGAGCACAUUACCAGGAAGCUGUUGGAGCAGAGAGAGGAGGAGUUGCAGCAGCAGGUGCGUUCACUGAGGCUGAAGGAGGCGUCUCUGACCAGGACCAACUCAGAACUCAGUCAUCGCGUUCAACAGCUCGACACCCGUCUGGCCAUACAGGAGGCAGAGCUCAGCAAAGCCAGAGAAGAGGUUAGAGAGAGCCAAAAGUCUAUCCACAAACUGCAGGAGGAGUUGGCAGCCAGUCAGCAGGAGUGCGACCGAAUCCAAGGAGAGCUGCAGGAAGUCCUCCUCCAACUGGACUCGUAUGUCAGGAAGUACAAUGAAAAGCAGAGUCAGCACAAGACCAAGCUCCGUCAGGCCAAGCAGGUUUUCCUGAAGGCCACGGCACAGAGGGACCGAAUCAUCCAGAAGCUGGAGAACGACCUGACACUGGCCUCCAGCCUCUCGCACAAGGAGAGGGAGAGGACCGACACAGUGAUACAGGAAAACGAGAAGCUUCUGGAGGAGAGGAGGGAGCUUUUGCAGAAGAUAAGCGAGGCAGAAGAAAUGGGCAGCAAAGGCAUGAGGACGGCCUCCACCGUUGGACACAAGGUUAAUGUCCUGGAGGUGGAGAACAGACAGUUACAGGACCGAACCCUGAAGCUUUCCAAUCAGGUCUGUACCUUAGAACGUGCCCUGAGGAACGUCCAGUCCUUCUACAGCCUGGAGAACGCCAAGAAACUCCCCCCUGAAAGUCUGAGUGAUGGCGUGCUGCAUACCUCUGCUCUAAGUUUGACGACAGGAUCGUGUGACAAACUGGACAUCCUGGACGCCAUCUGCCGCGUGAAGGUGGGCGAGCGCGCGGUGACGGACGGCACCCGGGCGUCGGUCUCCGCCCACCACGUUUCAGAGCAGAGCUACCUGAACCUCACCUCCCCUGUGUUCCCUCCAGACGCCAAAGCCACAGAGGACCCGUCCAAAAACAGCGACCAAUCGUGAGAAGAGGCAGGUUUUACAGUCAUACAAGCACUAAAAAUAAACCAAUCAACAGGUUCCUACUGUAGCCUAAGCCAUUUUUCAAUGAAGGCAAAAAAA